CCAUUUGUCCACUUGAUUAGAUUUUGAAAAGAAGAGCUAACCAUAAUGUUGUAUUCAUCUAAAUGUUUUUCUCUAUACGCACAUCUAUCCAGACCCUUCUGGCAACUACCUACUUCCAACUCAUUGAGAGUCACAAUGAAGAAGCAUUGUGCUUUUUUGCUUUUGUCAAUGCCAACAACCCAAAAAAAAAUCCUUGAGAUCAUUUCUUCCCUUGCACAUCAUAUCUACUAGCACAACCUGUCUGCUAAGAAAACCUCACUCAUCAAACACCACGAAAAGCAACCAAAAAUGAAGGUAAGUCUUAACCUUGACAGUUUAGAAUGGAACAUUUCUUUAAUCCUUCAACUUUAUCACUUCCUUUCCUUCUUGCAGUUAUUUCAGUGGGUGCACCGAAAGUUUCGGCAGAAUAGUAUCGAACCUUUCAAGGAUUUCACAUUUGGUAUUUCCACUUCUCUGUCUCUCCGAUGUGCUAAUCUUCUGGUUCUCACCAAUAUCUUUAUUUCUUUUGCAACUCUAAUUUCAGGAAACCCUUGUUGCCUUACAGUGCAGCCAACACUUGAUGAGCUACACCACUAUACAAAUCCAGGCUUCAAAUUCACAAGCCAAUCCAGAUCCUUAAAGCCAAACCGACAGGAAAGUCAGACAUCUCAUUCUGAAUUUGAAGACAACAGAGAUGAAGAGAAGUCCCAAGAAGAAGCAUCUACUGUCAUCCCUGAGCUGUUCCAAGGCUUUCUCACAAUAGGAACUCUUGGUGCAGAAACAGUCACCAAUGAGCCAGCAACACCGACAUUUACCAUACCUCGAGAAAACACGUUUGAGAGAAAUGCUGAGGUGACAGAGAGUGACCUGAAACUCAUUAAUUAUGAGCUAGGGAGGUUUCUUGAGGCUGAAAAAGAGGAGUUCUAUGAAUCAUCGGGAAGAAACAGCCAUGUCAGCGCUAUUACACUUGGUGGAAAGCAAAUUGAUGCAGCUGAAGAUGAAGAUUACGGAAACACAUCUGUAUGUCCACUCCAAGGAUAUUUACUUAGAUCAUCAAUUGAACUUCCAGAGACAGUAACAGAAGUAAAAAAAGAGAGGGCAUCACUUGCGGAGCUAUUUCAUAGAACCAAGAUAACAAAUCAGGGCAUUAUAGAGACAGGAGAAACCGGAGAAACACAACUCAAGCAAACACAUCGGUCUUCCAAGCAUAUUAUGAGCAAACUGUUGAAAAAAGUCAACACUUCUUCAAAAAGCUGGAAUACUUCUGAGAAUGAUGCGAAAUCUGCUUCAACCAACAAGAAACUCUCAAAGGUUUUACGUAUUUUCCACAGAAAAGUACAUUCUGAGAGUUCCAUGAAUGCAAAAACUACAGGGUCUCAAAAAGGUAAAAUCAAGAAUGUCCUAAAUGAUUGCUUUCACGGAUAUGAUACUGGCGACCCCAUUCACCCAGGCAAAGGCAGAAAUUUUCCAUCUGAGUGCAAAUCAGAAAAGUGGUCCCAACACGGUAAGAAAAGGAUCCCACCAAAACGUGGGCUGACUAACGGCGGCUCAAGUAGAAAGAGGGAGUGCUGGAUCAAGACAGAUGACGAGUGUAAGUGUUUCUGGCAUGCACCUCACUUACUCAAACACUCAAUAAUAGUCUUCCUUUUCCUCUUUAUUUCAGCAUUAUUGUGAGUAGUCCCGAAAUCACCACCUUGACUACAUAGAACGUCAAAAUCUUAAAGGAAUGCCGCGCUGAUACAAAUUCUUUUACUUAAUAGUUAUCUCAGACAACCGUGUUUUGAAAUCAUUUCUGUUUUCCAUCAUGUUUACCCUAACCUCCCAAAGCAUUGUCAAGAAAACCAAACACCUUAUCGAUUUCGAGGAAAAUAAUUUCCCCUCUAUAUAAUAGUCAACAUGACACGCUAAACUCUGAAUGUAAUUUGAGAUCUAUGAUCCUCCAUAUCUCAAACCAAAUCCUCAACGAAUUUUCCACAAUCCUUAUAUGAACUAAUACAUUCUGGAGCAUGAUAAUAUCUGUAGGAUUGCCAGAUAAGAAGAUGACAUCUUUGUAUUUUGGCCCAUUUGUAAUUGUUGGUAUUGCAGACUUGGUGCUGGAGUUGUAGAAACUGAAGCUUCAAGAAAAUAAUCACGCAUCUAUACUGAAUAAGAGAGAAUCUUCAAGCUAGUAUCUCAUAAUAUGGUAGUGUUAUGCAUCUAAGUUUGAGUGGGAAAGUGCUUUUGCGUAUUGUGCUCGAUAUGAUAUAUUCUGUGUAAUAUCCUUUGCUGUAUGGAAACAAAGGCUUGAGUUUCAUUAAAGCUUUGUAAUAAGUAAACUAGAUUUGGCUACUUUUGCAAGUUUGCCAUGGACUACUAAAAAUCAUUCUUGCAUUUAUAAAUCCUGACACACACACACCCGCCAGUUAUUUCCUCAAUCUACUUGACAAAGACUUUAACAUCAUAAAUCUGCAAUGGUAACCCCAUUAUCACUCUUUUUAACUGUCACGGAAUUGCAAAUCAAAAUGAAAGAGUGGUGGAUUAUAAUAAUGCUUUGCAUGAUAAUAUUGUUAUGAUAAAGAAGGUGAUCAAUAAGCAUGUCUGAUUUUGCUACCACCACCUUCAUCAAGCUAGACGUUCUCACUUUAAGCAGUAAGUCGCCCGAGCUCAAAAUUAAAAAUAACCGACUUCACAUAAGAUCAUUAAUUGACUUCACUGCUCAGAAGUGUAAUGUCAUACCCAAGAAGUGGGAGCAAACUCUCCCCCUUGUAGAGGGGACUAGUUAAUAUAAGCCAGCGAAAAAGAUUGUCUGUCACUCCAAUAAAUAGUUUUAAAGUCGAUGCUAAAAAUUUAUUACCUUCAGCUUUCUUUAAGAGAUUCCAGCAGGAGCAUAAAGCAUAGAAGGUGAAGCGGAAGACAUGCACAACCAUAGGAUGCUGAAUAAGCAAUAUGAAUAUUUUCAGAUUUUUCAAAGAUUAGCAACUCGUCCUUAACAUUCCACCACCCCAACCCCACCAUCGUUCUAUUAGCCUACUCCAAUUUUUCUGUAAGAGCUAGUUAGAAAUAUGUUGUCAUUGUAUGAUGUGUAAGCUAUGUUUAAAAUAAUUGAUUAAAGGAAUGUUAGGACGAAAGGCAAACAAUAAUUUUAAAAAAAAAUUUACAACAUAUGUGAGAAAAGUU